CUACUCAGUUCCCUCUUGUCUUCAUCCAAAUGUUUGUUCUGUUCCAUUUCCACGUGAACCUAAAAGCUAAAACCAAUCAAAACCACAUUGUCUAAUCUCUUCAAUUGAAACUACCCUUGCUUUUUUGCAUAUUCAAUUACAUUUAAGGAACAAAAAUGUUUGCUAACUGUUUUGUUCGCAACUUUAGUUCUGUUCCAAUCUGCUGUCAAAAUCAAACUUUGGCUCCUACCCAUCAUCAAUUUCGUUCACCCAAUUCUCUGUUGAAGUUAAAGAAGCAAACUUUAUUGCCAAAUACCCAAUUCAAGAUUUCCAGAAGCCAAAAACCUCGCUCCAAUUUCGUAGUUUUUGCAGAGCAAUCGAAUUUAUCUAAAGUUCUGCAGAAUGCAUGGAGAGUUGGUAAGGAUGGAAUUGAUGCAGGCACAAAUCUAGUUCCUAAUUCUGUACCAAGACCAAUAGCAAGGAUUUCAGUAACUUUUGUGGCUUUGAGUGCUUUGCUUUUUGUGUUCAAGUCUCUCCUCUCUACUGCUUUUUUUAUUUUGGCUACCAUAGGACUUGCAUACUUUGCAUACCUAGCAUUCAAUAAAGAUCAAGGACCACCUAGUGGGAAUGGAGGAACUACAACCAAACCUAUGGAUGAUCCUUUGGAAGAGGCUAACAGGAUAAUGGAUAAAUACAAGUAGCAUCAUCAGAGUAAGUUAUUUUUGAACCAAUCGAUUUCUACAUUAUACAUAUGUUAGAUGUAAAGUUGUAAUACUGUUAGUUUUGAUGAGAAAGGAAAAGUAACUUUGAUAGAAUGGAAUUGUCAUCAUAUAUGCAGAUUUUGUUUUUCGUUUCUUUGAUCAUAUUAUAGCCUUUGACAAAGCCUCAGAGUGCAAAUGACAUUUUCUAUUGCACAGGUGUUAGAUAAA